AUGUUUGCAAAAUAUUCGCACAAAAUUGUUUUUAAAUGAAGAUUAGUAAGGUCAUUUUCGAACGAUGAUAUGUUCAAGGAUAGUGAUGGCAAAUGGAAGACUAAGUGGGAUCCUGAAAAAAGCAUGUCUUACCAUGAUAACCCAAUGUAUAAAGAAUUACCAAAAUACAAGACUAUGCUUGAUCCUAAAUUUAAGCCGACCAAAGAAAACAUGACUGAAUACGAGCUCCCAGCAGAUAUGGAAAGGUCUAAAGAGAUUCUUCAAAUCUGGGCAAUGAAUGAAGACUUCUUCUCUGUGAAUCAGGUAUGGAUUAAGGGGCCGAUUUGGCCCCAUGUCAAAAUCAGUGUAUUUUGAUUGUGUGCAUUUCAUUGAAGUACAUUGGUUGAAAUUUUUAAAUAGUAUCAAAAGUGUACGAUAAUUGGACCUACACCGCCGAUAUGUGUAUUCCCAGAAGCAGUAUUUCAGUGGCAUGUUGACAAGCCUAAAUCUCCUCCUACGUAAGGCAAUAAAUUUUGUUUGCUUAUAGAGGGGUUAUAUUUAAAAUUUAUAAUAAUUAUUUUUUAAAUUUAAUAAUCCAUAUUUGAAAAAAUUGGGAAGAAAAAAUUAAUUUAAUUGAAUGCAAGAUGCUUAAAAUCUACAAAAUUAGAAAGUGAUUUAUUAUAAUAAUCACUUCUAUUUUAAAUUUUUUUUUAGGGAUUUUUCUAAUGGUUUUAUUUGCUCAUGUAGGAUAAGAACCUUCAAGAGCAUCAUUUUGAGAUUGCAAAAUUCAUUAGGCCAAAAAUUGAAUAUAUCGUUGUUGGCACAGGCAAAAUUGGCAAGAAUCCAAUAAAUAACUAUAUAAAGAAUCGCUUUCGAGCUCACGGCAUUAAUAUUGACUACUGUGCCACUGUAAUUUCUAUUUAGUUCGAAGCAUGCGGAACUUUCAACUUAUGCGCUGAUGAUAGAAGAAGAGUCUGUGCCUUUUUAUUUCCUAUUAAUACAGAAUAG